UUUUCUUGCAGGAUUUCUGUGUGAAGUCCAAAAGUUAUAAUGGUGGCAGACAUCUGGAGAAGGCAGACACUUUAUUCAGAGCAUCAAUAUGUCUGAAGUGUUGGAUCAAUCUACGCUGCCAGCAGAACCCAUCACUGCAGUUGGUAUAGUGGCAUCACUAACUAAGGCGCCAGAAGGCUUCCAUGUUGUUGCACAAACAACAGAUGGCUGUGACGCCGACCUGUGGAAGGACGGCUUAUUUAAAUCCAAGGUCACUCGCUACCUCUGUUUCAGCAGAAAAAAUGGACCUGAUGUGGUUGCAGACAUGAAGGUGAUCGACAUUAAGGACAAGGUGCCAGAGGGCUUCACACCUGUCAACCAAACUAUGGACAUGCUGGAAAUCGCCAUGAGGAAGAGGAGGCUUUGUUUGAAGAUCAGCCCCCGUGAAGCCACACAAACAGCUGUAUAUGACAUUCAGAUCAUCGCAAAGACCAAGUACCAUCUUGUUAACUACAUCUGUAUCGGUGAAGUAAACAAUAUGGGAAUAUGGUAUCGGAUGGGAGAUGUUGUCCAGCCAGGGUGUUCUCCUGGACAGAUCAACACAGCUGCCAAUGACAAGCAACCCAUCCCAGCAAGUGUUGUGGAGAAGGAGGCUUGGCAUAGACGACGCUGGGAGUAUGCCAGCUUGAAGUACGCUGCCUUGCCAUGCGGUGCCGAGUUCUAA